AUGGAGCCGGGCUGUGACAACGUCCGGAAGCGUGGUGGAACAUCAGGGAGGCAGGGCUGUGACCACUUCCGUCAGCGUGGUCGAAAAUCAGGGAGGCAGGGCCGCGACAACGUCCGUCAUCGUGGUGGACCAUCAUGGAGGCAGGGCUGUGACAUUGUCCGUCAGCGCGGUAAAACAUCAGGAAUGCAGGGCCGUGACAAAGUCCGUCAGCGUGGUGGAACAUCAGGGAGGCAGGGCUGUAACAACGUCCGUCAACGUGGUGGGACAUCAGGGAGGCAGGGCUGUGACAACGUCUGUCAGCAUGGUAUACCAUCAGGGAGGCAGGGCUGUGACAUUGUCCGUCAGCAUGGUGGAACAUCAGGGAGGCAAGGCUGUGACAUUGUCCGUCAGCGUGGUGGAACAUCAGGGAGGCAGGGCUGUGACAACGUCCGUCAGUGUGGUGGAACAUCAGGGAGACAGGGCUGUGACAUCGUCCGUCAGCGUGGUGGAACAUCAUGGAGGCAGGGCUGUGACAAUGUCCAUCAGCGUCGUGGACCAUCAGGGAGGAGGGGCUGUGACAACGUCUGUCAGCGUGGUGGAACAUCAGGGAGGCAGGUCUGUGACAACGUCUGUCAGCGUGGUGGAACAUCAGGGAGGCAGGGCUGUGACAACGUCUGUCAGCGUGGUGUAACAUCAGGGAGGCAUGGCUGUGACAACGUCCGUCACCGUGGUGGAACAACAGGGAGGCAGGGCAGUGACAAUGUCCGUCAGCGUGGUGGACCAUCAGGGAUGCAGGGCUGUGACAACGUCCGACAGCGUGGUGGAACAUCACGGAGGCAGGGCUGUGACAACGUCCGUCAGCGUGGUGGAACAUCAGGGAGGCAGGGCUGUAACAACGUCCGUCAACGUGGUGGGACAUCAGGGAGGCAGGGCUGUGACAACGUCUGUCAGCAUGGUAUACCAUCAGGGAGGCAGGGCUGUGACAACGUCCAUCAGCGUGAUGGGACAUGA